AUGUUAGGACUGUUUAAAAAAGAAGGUUUUAUUACUGCAGAAGAAUACAAUUUGGCAAAACCAGCCGGUUCAAGACCAGCCCGUUUGUAUGGUUUGCCGAAAAUACACAAAUCGGAUAGACCAGAUUAUCCUCCUCGACCGGUGAUGUCAGCUACAAAAACAGUAGGCUAUGGACUAGGUAAAAUGUUAAAAAAUCGAUUGCAAGAACUACGUACCAGUCCAUAUAUGGUGAAAAAUACAUUCGAUUUUGUUAACAAAAUUAAACAGUCCAAAUAUGCAGACAAAAAUAUGGUUUCUUUUGAUGUAACCAGUCUUUUUACCAAUGUACCGUUGACAUAUACCAUCGAUCUCAUACUUGAUCAUAUGUAUCCAAAAUGUCCUUCUAUUUGUGAAAAUAAUUCCAGAAACAAAUUAUGUGAGAAUUGCAGAAAAAGAACCGAUUUUGCUGCUCUUUUACGAGUAGCUAUGGGUGCUCCCUUAGCUUCCGUUAUUCCUGACAUCUUCAUGGCACAUCUGGGAAAAAGCUUGAUGGAUCAACUUCAACAAUGUGGAGUUCACGAAUGGUAUCGAUUUGUUGAUGACACUUUUGUAUUGCUGGAGCCAGCAACUGAAGUUGCAGAUGUACUGAAAAUUUUGAACAAUUUCCAUCCAUCUAUCAAAUUUACCUACGAAGACGAGAAGGAUGAUCGCCUGUCCUUUCUCAAUGCGCAAGUUAUACGUCCUGAUAUCGAUGUUCGUUUCUGCACAAAAACACCACCAUCAGUGCAGACCUACUUUAAUACAAAAGAUCCAGUGCCAAAACAUUUACAAGCUGACGUAGUUUAUCAAGUCAACUGUAUUCAUUAUGGUCAUACAUAUAUUAGGCAUACAACCAGACAACCCAUCAGACGUCUCUUGGAACACGGUGCACCAAAAAUAAUAUUUGAAGCACCACUAACAAACACUGAAACAAUUACAACAGGACCAAUCAGAUCCAAACGGAACAGACGUCACCAACCAUAUCCAUCCCUAAAUGAACUUCGACGCUCCGAAAGAAUCCAGCAAAGAACAAAUCAGUCUGAUAACAUACAACUCCAAGUUACGAAUCCAAAUACAAACAAUCAGUACAACAUCACAACAAACAGCAAAACCUCAAUCGGAGAUCAUGUAAAUCAAACGGGACACAAAAUGGACUGGGAAGGGUUUACUAUUCUCUCACAUGAAAAACAUCAAUACAAACUUCAGAUAAAAGAAUUUCUGGCAAUCAAAGCCCACGAUCCAGUACUCAACCGAACCAGACAUUCAGUUCCACUGAUUCUUUUUCCCGGUGGUAUACUAAAAUAA